AUGAAGCCGGUUUUUCUGCUGUUGCUCCUCGUUGUCGGCCUCUCAUCAGCUGCUAUUGCUUUGCCAAAAAUACCCCUUGCGGUGUCGACCUGCCAAGUUGACUCGGAUUGUCAGAGUAAGGGUUCUGACCUCUACUGUCAGACUCACUACAACCCGCAGAUUGGGAAACCGGGCGGGCGACGAUGCGGGAAACUACUUGAAAGCCAAUGCGUUUCGGACGAGCAUUGUGGGAAGGGAACAACUGGGGAAUGCCAAGACUAUGCUGAUGGACGCCCUGGAUACUGCCUUCCUAAGUUCAAGGAUGAAGUUGGUUCUCCUGCUGCUGCUCCUCGUCGUGAGCCUCACGUCAGCUGGUCCGCCAAUAAUAUCGAAUUGCGUCAGGGACGCCAUAUGCCAGGAGUUUCGCAGCAAGGAUUACUAUUGCCAGGCCUACCCCGACAAGUCCCAAUGGUGCCAGCCGCUCCCGCUGAA